GUCUCCAUCCCGCGGAGACGGAUGCAUUCAGAUGUGAAGAAUGACGAAAUGAGCCCCUCAGCGCAUCUCCGUGCCCUCCGUCACCAGCCCUCAUUUCACGCUCGUCCGUCCGCCCCCGCUCACCGAGUAAACGGACUGCCUGCCAAGGCCUUAUACCCGGGACCUUUCCGCCGUCCAAAUUUUAUGGGCAUUUUUCUUCAUUUUCGAAUCGAUUGCCGAACGGAUCCUCGAGGCUUGACAGUCGAUGGCAACAAAUUCCUGCCAAGGCUCGACCCUGGCUGUAGGAUGUGCUCGGUUACUAUGGACAAGCCACUCACCAACAACACCAUUGACCAUGCUUUUUCCCCUGCGUUUCUCCAUUCAUCCUUGGGAGACUUGACCUGCCGGCGGCUCACUGAGACAUCAGUCGAAUUUCUAGUGCAGACUACAAGUUCAGCUCCAGCUGAGGUGCAUAGUUGCCAAAUCAGCCUUGUACCAGCAGCUCAGCCUUGGAUACACCACUUUCCACCAACAUGCUAGUUCUCACCAGCUCUCAGCCUCUCAGCUCUACUGUGUCUCUCUUUUGCUGCCAAAGGUCAAUGCUCGUCGACAAGCGUGGAUGGCCGUUUUCCCAACCAGCUUGCAGGGGUAGCCCAGCAAGCACGCUUUUACUCUCCCUCGGCCCUAACACGGCCAUUAUCAGAUCACUCUUCCCCACCACAACCUACCACUUUUUGCAGCGACGUCCCUACACAAUCCUGGCCACAAGGGGACGAAGGUUAAAUCGCCCAGUGUUACGCGGCUCGUCGCGAUAGAGUAUUCGUGCAUGCUAUGUAGUCCGGAACACAAGGAUUAGAAAGUUUAAAUGGUACAGAUGCGCGUAAGGCUAUAAGACAGUGUCGCAUACUUUACUCACACA